AUGCAUCUUUUGGAAUACAAUAGCGAGGGUCAGUUUGGUCUGGCCCAGAUUUUUGCUGGCAGCGACAUUCCAAAAUACGCCAUCCUAUCGCACACAUGGGGGGCAGAUACAGACGAGCUAACCUUCCAAGACCUUUUGAAUGAUACUGGACAGGACAAAUCCGGUUAUCAGAAGCUUCAAUUUUGUGGCGAACAAGCUAAACGCGAUGGCUUACAAUACUUUUGGGUAGAUACUUGUUGUAUCGAUAAAUCGAGUAGUGCUGAACUCCAAGAGGCUAUCAAUUCUAUGUUUCGCUGGUAUCAAAAUGCCACUAAAUGCUAUGUGUACCUUUCAGAUGUUUCAACAAACGGACACAAUCAAGCCAGUUCCUCUUGGCAAUCAAUCUUCAAAGCAAGUCGAUGGUUCACUCGUGGCUGGACACUUCAAGAGCUUAUUGCGCCGAGGUCGGUCGAGUUCUUCUGCUCGAGUCGUAUGCUACUUGGCGAUAAGAGAUCUCUACAGCAUUUAAUUCACGAAAUUACUGGGAUUGAGAUAUCAGCUCUUCAUGGACAGAAUCUGUCUGAUUUCACCAUUGAUGAGCGAAUGUCAUGGGCAAAAAAUCGCCAAACAAAGCGUGAAGAAGACAUGGCCUAUUGCUUAUUGGGCAUUUUUGAUGUUCAUAUGCCACUAAUCUACGGCGAACGAUCAGAAAGCGCGUUUAGGAGGCUCACAGAGGAGAUUGGAAAACGCCCAAAGAAACACACUCUUGAUGAUUCGCCGGUUUUUUCUGCUGCUGAUUCCAGAUCCGGAAAACGAUCAAAAACCUCACAAUAUGAAUCUUCCAAUCACCUCUCCCGCCUCCAGACUGUAGGAGGCUCCGAAACCCUUUGCCAGUAUCCUACGCAUGAUAUUGAUGCUACCACGAGGCAAUCUAUUGUAGAGCAACUCUACUUCCCCAAAAUUGAUGAGCGUCUAACAAGUUUGACUGCUGCCCAAGGGAAAACAUGUCGUUGGUUUCUUACCAAAUCGGAAUACUUAUCAUGGAAUGAUGUUUCAAAACGGCAAGAUCAUGAAGGAUUUCUUUGGAUCAAAGGCAACCCCGGUACCGGGAAGUCAACUUUGAUGAAACUACUCUUUGAGGAGGCUAAGCUUAAGACAAAAGGCGAUUCCUCGAAGAUCACCUUAUCGUUCUUUUUUCUAGCACGAGGUACGAUUGAAGAAAGAACAACUACUGGUCUAUAUCGCUCUCUUUUGCACCAGCUUUUCGAAAAGAUGAUAGAGCUUAGAGAUAGCUUGGAGUGGAUGACAGCCGAUGGCGCGAGAGGCAUUGAAAGAAAUGGUUGGAGUGAAGCAGCUUUAAAGCAGACGUUGAAGCAUGCUGUAGCAAAGCUUGGAAGCAGGCCACUGAUGAUAUUUGUCGAUGCGCUGGAUGAAUGCGACCAGAAGCAAGCAAGUGGAAUGGUUUCAUUUUUUGAGGAAUUAUGUGAGCUUGCAGAAGUUUCGCAAGUGAGCCUGCAAAUAUGCUUUUCUAGUCGACACUAUCCCACUAUAGUCAUCCAGAAGGGUAUGGAGCUGACUCUAGAAGAUGAACUUGGACAUAUGGAAGAUAUUCAGCACUAUAUCAAGUCAAAAUUAAGGCUAGGCAAAUCCAAACAAGCCAAGGCACUUCGGUCAGAAAUCCUCCAAAAGUCUUCUAGCAUUUUUCUCUGGGUCGUCUUAGUUCUUGAUAUCCUCAAUUCCGAGUAUACAGCUGGCUCCAUUUCUAUUAAGAAAAUCAGUAAGCGCCUCAACGAAAUCCCACCAGGAUUAAACGAUUUGUUUGAAAUGAUCCUCAAGCGGGAUGGGGAGAACCUCGAAGAGCUACAACUUUGUCUGAAAUUGAUUUUAUUUGCAACGCGUCCCUUGAAACCACAAGAACUCUAUUUUGCAACUCAAAUCGGCCUUGAUGAAGAUUGCAUGGGUUCUUGGGACCAGGAAGAUGUCAACGUUGACCAAAUGAGAUUAUUUGUGAGGAGCUCCUCUAAGGGCUUGGCUGAGGUGACGAAAAAUAAAGCUUCGGACGUACAGUUUAUCCACGAGUCUGUUCGGGACUUUUUGUUGGGUAGAUACGAGACUCAAUUGUCUGGAGUUUCCGGAAAUUUUGUCGGCCAUGGGCAUGACACGUUGAAGAAUUGUUGCUUAGCUCAACUAAACGCUGUCAUCAACCAAAAGAUUAUGAUACAUUUCAACUUUAGCAGGUCAAACUUCUGGGAAUGUCGUAACAUGAAAUAUCCAUUUUCGAAUACACUAAAGCCCGAUGAGCCAGUACCACAUGAUCAACGUUCCAAGGAAACACAGUCAAAAUUGCAAGAGGAAAUUAGACUGAAGUUCCCAUUUCUCGAUUAUUCAGUGUCCAACAUCCUGUAUCACGCCAAUCUUGCUCAACAGAAUUACAUAGAGCAGGUAGACUUUCUAGCAAAAUUUCCCACCCAUCUAUGGGUAUUCGUGAACAACUAUCUUGAGAAUCACGAGAUUCGACGAUAUACGGACUCGGUAACUAUUCUCUAUCUCUUAGCAGAAAGAAAUUUAGCCAACCUCAUUCGAAAACGUCCCAGAAAGGAGUCUUGCUUUGAUGUAACAGAGCAGCGAUAUGGGCCAUCAAUCCUUGCUGCUCUGGCUACUGGGAGCGAUGAAGCUGCUCAGACGCUCCUUAAGAUUGAAGCUGAAACAUUUCCCUCAAACUCUCUACAGCAUGACUUGUGCAAAACAUACCACCCAAAAAAUUUAAAAAAUUUCAAGCUUGGACGCAGCUUCACCUACACACAAAAAAGCGAUCUUAUUUUUCAGCUUUCACGAUGCAAUCAGGAGAUACCACUCGUCUUUAAACUCAGUUCGGACGAGAGUUGGUUUGGUCCGAAUCUGAACGAUCGUGGCAAGACCUUGUUGAUAGAGGCCGUUGAAAGAGAUCAAUGUAUUGUCGCCACAUAUUUGUUGGAGAAGGGUAUCGAUGCUAACUGUAUAAAAGAAGUUGGUGAGGUAUCACUUCUGGGGAAAGCUGUGAUAUCUGGACAUGCGAACAUGGUAAAAGUGCUAUUGGAGAAAGGCGCUGAGGUUAAUUACAGAGGGUUCGAUAAUAACACGCCUCUGACGUUCGCUGUUCAUCGUAAACAUGGCGAAAUUGCCAAGUUAUUAUUGGAGGAAGGCGCUGAGGUUAAUAUUAAAACAGGGUCUGACAACACACCCUUGAUGGAAGCUAGUCUGGCGGGAAGCCUGGACAUAGUCAAGUUGUUAUUGAAGAAAGGCGCUAAGACUGAUUAUCGAGGCUAUAAUAAUCGAACGCCUCUAAUGAAUGCUGCUUUUUAUGGACGCAAGAAUGUAGUUGAUUUGUUACUGGAGAAUGACGCCGAAGUCAAUUGUGUUGAUUUUGGUAACGAAUCGCCCCUGAUGAAAGCUGCUGCUACUGGACAUGUAAAUAUAAUGAGUCUGUUAUUAGAAAAAGGUGCCAAAUUUGAUUGUAAAGAAGAGGGGUUUGCGUUGGCAUUGCUCUCAAAUUCGCGAUACGGACGCAAAGAAAUGGUUGAGUUUCUCUUACAAAGUGGCGUGGAUGCGAGUCCAAGAGAUAUGAUGCCAGGGUAUCAAGGCUGGACGCCGCUGAUUCACGCUGCUAGUAAUGGCAACGAAAACAUAGUUAAAUUAUUGUUGGAAAAUGGCGCUGAGAUCAACGCGAAAAGCGAAAGCGGUUGUACACCAUUGUAUGAAGCUGCUUCUUGGGGACACGGGCACGAAGCUGUAGUUGCAAUUCUUUUAAAGCAAAGCGCCUCUACUGAGGUGGAGAACAAAGACAACAACGGGUUGUUGUUAAAGGCUGUUAAAAUAGCUAUUUCGGAAGGAAAGCUAUCUAUACUGAAACUAUUGCUAGAAAAGACUCCAAACAUUAAUCAGAAGGGUGCGAUGGGCCAGACGCCGUUGUUCUGGGCUAUUUCUUCUCUAAAUGAAGAUAUGGUCAAGUUAUUGUUAGAUAAGGGUGCUAGUAUUGAAUCUAGAAGCGAUGGUGGUCUCUCACCAUUGAUGCAUGCCAUCCUUAUCGGAGGUCACCUGCGAAUUGUCAAGACAUUGCUAGACCGCGGUGCUGACAUCAAUGCCGAGGAUUACGAAGGUUCAACACCACCAUCCAUGAUAAAGAAGAAUUCUACUUUAACUUAUCCGUUGGAAGCAUAUGUUCCUGAAUUAAAAAUUGGCUACUGA